CUACAGCACAUCCUUCCGUUUCCGCUUCCGGCGUUGCGGAGAUCCAGGUCGAAGAUGGCGGCGGUUGCGUCCCGGGUUUCUGGCCUGCUAGGUCGUUCCCGGCUGCAAUUGCGGCGGCCUAUGUCGAGUGGCGCCCACGGCGAGGAGGGCUCAGCUCGCAUGUGGAAGGCCCUCACCUACUUCGUGGCGCUCCCCGGGGUCGGAGUGAGCAUGCUGAACGUCUUCCUGAAAUCGCACCACGGAGAGGAGGAGAGGCCCGAGUUCAUCGCUUACCCCCAUCUCCGCGUCAGGUCCAAGCCCUUUCCCUGGGGAGAUGGUAACCAUACCCUAUUCCAUAACCCUCAUGUGAAUCCGCUUCCAACUGGCUAUGAAGAUGAAUGAAGAGAACCCGGACCACUACCCAGUGGGGACCACAGCACUGGUUUGGACCAUUACUCUGCACACAUGGACCAGAAAAGUGUAUGGGACCUUAAGCUCACCUUGUAUCCAGUGAUGACCAUUAUACUGAUCUUCCGUCCCUUUGCUUAUAGCAGGAGAUGGCUUAAAUAAAUAACUUAGUCGUGAGCUGAA